CACUCUAACCUAGAGCUUGAACAGACAGGCAACUCAUUCGAAGUCGUUCUUGUAAUCAUCAGGUAUCGACAAGCUGAGGUUUUCUUUAAAUACAUGUGUGGUGAUUAGAGGGGAACGAAUCCUGGAAGAUGGCCGGGGCUAUUAUAGAAAACAUGAGCACAAAAAAGUUGCUUAUCGUCGGAGUUACCCUUUUUCUUUUUCAAGUGUUUUCAUUUAUGGUGGGAGGCUUAAUAGCACCAAGCCCAACUACUGCUGUCCCCUACAUAGCUACAAAGUGUGUUGAUGUUGUCCAUCACAAUCAGAGGAGCAGUAAAUGGUUUACACCCUGGGGUCCCAACCAGUGCAAUAAGAUCCGGGAUUUUGAGGAGGCCACAGUGAAGAGGAUUGAAGCUAAUAACAUCGUUUUUGCAGUACACAUCCCUGGACCAAACAAAGAGAUGAGCCCUUGGUUUCAGUUCAUGCUGGUCAUCCUCCAGUUUGACAUUGCAUUCAAACUGUACAACCAAAUUGAUGAUGGAGCUGUGGUAACCAUAGAUGUGGGUUUGGCUUAUAGAGAUGAUUCACUCAGUGAGUGGACCAAGAUGGCACACUCAACUGAGCAGCGGAAGCUGAGCUGCAAUUUCACAACAGAAAAGACCAUUGAAAAUGAGGGGCGAUACUAUGAAUGUGACCUCUUACCUUUUAUGGAAAUGGGCAACGUCGCUCACAAGUACUAUCUCCUUAACAUUCGACUGCCCGUGAAUGAGCGUAAAAGGUUGAAUAUUGGUAUUGGAGAGAUAAAGGACAUCAGACUUGUGGGAAUCCAUCAGAAUGGUGGCUUCACAAAGGUGUGGUUUGCGAUGAAGACCUUUCUGACACCCAGUAUUCUCAUCAUCAUGGUCUGGUACUGGAGACGAAUCACUUUGAUGACACGUCCUCCUGUCCUCCUGGAAAAGAUGAUCUUUGCCUUGGGCAUAUCCAUGACCUUUAUCAACAUUCCUGUUGAAUGGUUUUCAGUGGGUUUCAACUGGACAUGGAUGCUUUUGUUUGGAGACAUUCGCCAGGGCAUUUUCUAUGCUAUGCUUCUGUCUUUCUGGAUCAUCUUCUGUGGAGAACAUCUCAUGGACCAGACAGAGAGGAACCGCUUUUCAGUGUACUGGAAGCAGAUAGGCCCCAUUGUUUUCGGCUCCUUUUGUCUUUUCAUAUUUGACAUGUGUGAGAGGGGAGUGCAGUUGAAAAACCCAUUCUUCAGCAUCUGGGCCUCUGAGGUUGGGACAGAAUUGGCUAUGGCCUUCAUCAUUGUGGCAGGAAUCUGUGCUUGUCUCUAUUUCCUCUUCCUGUGCUUUAUGGUCUUCCAGGUAUUCCGUAACAUUAGCUGCAAGCGUUCAUCACUCCCUGCCAUGACCAAAGCACGUCGGCUUCAUUAUGAGGGUCUAAUCUUCCGUUUCAAGUUUCUUAUGCUCGUCACACUGGCAUGUGCAGCCAUGACUGUCAUUUUCUUCAUCAUUAGUCAGGUGAAUGAAGGUCAUUGGCAUUGGGGAGACUACACUGUUGAAGUGAACAGUGCCUUCUUCACUGGAAUAUAUGGCAUGUGGAACCUCUACGUUUUUGCACUUCUGUUCCUGUACGCACCAUCACAUAAACUCUACGGCGAUGAGCAGUCGAGUGGGGGUCAAGGAGCCAACAGUGGAGAGGACAUUCAGCUUACUACUACCAUUACUCAUGUGGAUGGUCCAACAGAGAUCUACAAGAUGACUGGCAAAGAGGCACAAGAGUAGCCUCCUUUUACUUGCUUUUCUGCUUGCCAACACACUUUACGUUACACUCAUAUCAUCUCCUCUUUUUAGUACCUACAGUAUAUGUUACUCAAAGCGUUCCAAAUUUCCUGACAGUUUGUACAAAAGGUCCAAGUUUUCAAGUAUAUAAUAAAUAAUAAUACGUAUAUUAGUAAGUGUAACAAACUUGAAGGGACCUUUUCCCUGUGGAGGGUUGAAAUUAAUUAGAAUAAAUCUGAUGUUAUUAAUGCCAGUUGGUACAUCUUGAAAAUGAGAGGGAAAACAUGAUCAUUGAGGUUAUGUAUUUCCUCCUGCAUUUUUAAGUUGCUGGCUGUAAUUAUCGAAGUACAAAUUGAAUAAAUGUGUCUUGAAUAUUGUCCCCUUAAAUUCGUGGCAGUGGUUUCUCAUGAGUUACUCAUUCUUAUGUUAUGUGUUACCAUACAAUUACAUCUGCCAUUGAGAUUAUACUUUCUGUUCAGAUUGUUUGUCUGUUAGUUUGGCAGCAGAUUUAUGCCAAAACUACCAACUUGAUUUUCAUGAAACUUCAUGGAAGGGUGUAGCAUGUGCCAAGGAAGAAUAUAUUAAAUUUUUGAGCUGAUUCAAAUCACAGGGGAAGAUCCACUGUUUGUUCCGCUUUUGUUAGCAUUGUGAGAUGGGAUAUUUGCGGCGUUCUGCUCUCUGUGUUCCCUUAAUGUUCUUUUUAACAUGUCACAUCCAAUGUAAUGCAUGUCUUUGCUAUAAAGUUAGUGACUGUUAUAGUUUUGCAAGGUCAAAGGCCAAAUGUAUCAAUAAUUGUGUACAGCUGGUCAUAGGACCAUGUGCACUGUACGCACAUUGUUAUGUAGGACUAGAAAGUCUGUUUAAGUAUGGAAUUAUUAAUUACUGUUAUCCAGAAUUUCAUCCAAAUUUCCAAAUGAAAAGUAUUGGGAAAAGUCUGUUUGGUCAUAGUAAUAUGUAAAGUUGGUAAGGUGUCAAUCACAACGGCUUUGAAAAAAAAAAUACAUGGGCAAAAUAGCAAACCAUGACCUAUUAAACACAGCAUCUGCGGAAUGCACACCUAGUAUGUAAGGCCCUGGUUCAGUCUAAAAUAAUGUCAGUGUAGAUCUAAUGAAGUGAAUUAAACAAGCUAGUCAUUUGUUUUGAUUACAGUUGUAAAACAUGAUGUUGCUGAAAAAAGCUGGAGCCCCACUUUUAAAUAUAACUUGAAGUCAAUAGUGUGAUUAAUUUUCAUUGAUCAUGAUGGCGACAAGCCACAGGCCAAGGGCUUUGGCAUAACCUCUUACAGCACCAUACCACAUUUCCCCAAGUGCCCAUGGGGACCUAGGUUCAAAUCCAGCGUGGGUCAUUCCUUAUUCCACACCAUCUCUCUCUAGUCUCUGUCUUCACUGUCCUGCCAUAAUAAAGGCAAAAAGCCCCCAAAAAUAUAUAAUAAAAAUACAAGCCACAAGCCAAGCAUUAAGUCUGCUUACACAAUUAGCAUAUACAGAUUCCUGUCCAUAAGGAUUGAUACACAGACCAGUUAACCUACUUGCAUCAACGAGGAUUCCUCUUUGUUGCAAAAUUGAAAAUUGUGAAUACAAUUUCUACACCACCUUGAUACCAUGCACAGAGGUACACAUGUUUUUUUUUUCUUUUCUUGUAUUUUUUCAUAUGUAUUUUAUACUUCGAAAACUGCUCAGCACAAGUACUAGUAGGAAUCAUUGAUACAUAAGGCCCUUCAUGGAAUCUGGCACUCGUUUUGAGCUACAAAUAUGUUUUUUUACACUGCAAAUAUAUUUUAUGUAAUACUUAAAUAUUAUACGAUUUAUUAUAUAUUUUUUGUGUCCUGGCUUUAAUUAAAACUUGAAAACAUUAA